AUGGAGAUUAAUAACAAGAGACCUGUUCAUCAUCCCCGACAAAUUCGCAAGUUCCUCCAUGUUCUUUGGGAGCUUCAAACACACAGUCGACCUCUCCCACCCUACAUGGUUCUGGCAGCAAAGCACCUCCUCCGCACCACCAAGCUUUGCAACUAUGUCACCGUUGUCGUCGAGUCGAGUGACUCCUUCAGGCCACUCGACACAUAUCUCGACUCCUGUCCCGUCUUCCUCUUCUCACAGUUGAAGGCCCAACAUCUAACAGAAGGUCCUAGCGUUUGCAUACCCACUCUACCAGUUCCGGCUCUUAUCCUGCCGUAUCUGCCAACUGCCGACGAAGACCCGAGUCUCUAUCCGACACUCUUCAGGUGGCAUUGUGCCGUUCGACACCGCACAUACCACGUGUUUGCGUUCAUCAAGGUCAACAUGUCUGGACGCAGGUACACGAUCGAGGAGCUGAAGGAGCUCCACCAGCCAUCUAUCGGCAGCAACAUUAUCCGAGGCUCGGGAAGCGAAUCAUCCGACAACAAAUUGUAUUUGGCCCACAAACCAAGGCACUGGGACGAAUCGUCGGUGGCUUCCGAGGAGGUCUUAUUCAAGGGCAACGCCAGUCGUCGCGCUCACCGCGAGGCAACUCGUGAUCUUCAUCGCGACAAGAUCAAUCAACCCGUUCGAGAGCCAAUGCGUGAGGCCGAGCACCUUCACAUUGCCACUCAGUUUGCGGAGGAUCCCAAGUCUUCAAACGACGGCGCUUGGGUGUACCGUGGUCGCAGCGACUCGGACGUUGCCUCAGCUGAGCCCAUCUCGGCUCCUGGAGGCAAAGUGACCCAAGCCAACGAAGGUUUCAAGCGGUUCUACAAAGCCGUUGUGUCACCUACCCACGUUCGGGUCACUGCCGGAGGACGUAUUGUUCCCAACACUCGCGGUCCGCCCUCACCGACUGCCAAGCGCUCCAAGGAGAGCGGUCUCAACGAGAACCAGGGACUUUCCGACAAGACUGUCCAGUCCAAGCCAUCUCUGGGUCAGAUGCCCUUCACCCAGCCUUUCCCAGUCAUUGCGCCAUACUUCCCGGGCUGUCCACCUGGCUUCCAAGCUCUCCCCGCUGGCAUGCCGUUCAUGCCCAUGCCCUACGGUCAACUUCCUCCUGGAUUCCAAUUCAUGCCUCAGGCUUUCAACUCUGCCGGUAUGGCCCAGAUGUCGCAGAAUAGCAUGGCAAACAACAAAGACAUCAACAGUGCGCAGCCAGCUGGUUCGCAGGCUCAGACUGCUACCCCGGGUGACAAGAACGACAAGGUCAAGAUUACUCCUCCCGAGUUCUUUGACCCGAGCAAGCCUUUCAUGUUCAAUGGCCAAUACUUCAUGCCCACCCCACCUGGCCCGACGGGAAACCAAAUGGCUGUACCUUCCAUGGUUGGUGUCCCUUCCGGCGUGACGGGUAUGACUGGACAUAUGAUGCAACAAUUUCCUGGCAGACCUGGUGGCGUCAUGGGCGCCUUCUCCAUGUCCAACCAGGGAGUUCAAGGCUCAGCCGGUGUUCCUGGCAUGAACCAUCAGGGCUUCUCGGUUGCCAACUACAAGCCACCUCCGAUUCCCCCGGUUAUUUCCUCCAUUAAGCCGAGCGAUAUUACCAGGAAGCAGAUUGCCGGCUUCAAGCAGUCUCUCAAGUACCAUGAGGACCAGCUUCAGUACAACCGUCACCAGAUUGACGAGAAAGAGAUGGAGUCCGCCAUCCAAAACUAUCGUGCUCUCAUCCAACGCUUUGAGGUCAAGCUCAAGACCGAGCUCGAGUAUGAGCAGUCGAUUCUUGGCCAAUCCGAGCUCAAGGACAAUGCCACUACCGGAUCUCAAACCCCGAAGGCUUCCAAGGUGGACAACAAGCCUGCUGCUGCUGCUGAUAGCAGGAGCUUUUCUCAACCCAUGCAACCCAUGUCAUCUCUGACCGAGAGCCAGUUGAACUCCAAGUUCAACAACAAUGCUCCCAGUGAAUUCACCGACGAUGAUGAUUCGCAGUCGGACACGACCCAUCGCAAGGACUAUGGCGAGAUCAGGAUGAAGUUCGAUCCUGAGGACUCCAUGACUUUUGAGGAAUUCCAGAAGAUGACUGCGAAUCUGCCUCCUGCGGCCGCCAUGGCUCCGUCUUUCUACCCUGGCCGCUUUCGUUCGCUCUCUGAGCUAGAGAGGGCUAGGAUGGAAUCUGACAGACGCCUGUGUGGCAUGCCCAUUGAGGAUCCGAUUCCGCCCCCUCCCAUUGACUAUGUGGAAGGUUCUCAGUCUCAUUUUCUCGGCGUUCCCAGCCGUGAGAAUCUGAGCUCCUCCGGCAACAAGUCGAGCACGGCCGGUUCACACUACGGCGUCCCUUACCUGCUUGGAACCCUUCCCAAGAACGUCGAUCCUCGCCAUGCCACCUCUAAAGAUUACGUGUACAGCAGACCCUUGACCCAGGAUGAGAUGCGCGCUCGCUUCCUUUUCCAAAACAACGCUCCCAAGGAUAUCAGCAAGGGCUUACCCAGAUACGAUGGAAAGCACUUUUACCCUGUUGCUUCCUCUACCGUUGCCGAGUCCACUGUCGCCGGCAGCCCCCAGAUGCGUUCGCCUCGUUCUGGCGGUACUGCUAGGCCCGACGAGUACCGUCUCACCCGCUCCGACCCUUUCAGGCCCUGCACACCAUUCCACAGGGGUGCACCUGCUUCGACCUUGGGCGACGAGGAUGACUACGAUACCAAGGGAUAUGAUUCCAGGAUGUACAGUCAGUCCGAUAACAUUCAGCCUCACAUUGAGGGAUUCCACUCUCGCGAGCCGACUGCCACCUACGAGUCUCGCGAGAGCAGCCUCGACGCCCAUUCGAUGGCUCUCCAAGAUCGUCAGGCCGAGAAUGUGUCUGGCGGUGCCAAGCUCUGGCCAGACAUGUUGAAGAAGAGCGGUACCAGCAGUGCCUUGUCUUCGGCGACCGCAACCGGUUGGCUGCCUCAGUAUCAGACUUCCACGAUGAUGUCUUUCCCUCCCAGCAGCGAUCGUUCCCACAGAGUUGUUCCUUCUCCGGACAAUGAUUGCAGUGAUGGAGGCGCGAUGCUCACUCCUGUUCCCGAAAAGCGUGGAGAGAAUCGUCCCCUUCAGCAUGUCAGCUCUCUGGAUGAUCAGUUCAAGAAUGUUACCAUCGAGGCGUCUGAUCGUCGCAACAUGAGCAAGAUUCCCGCUCCCUUCAACCUCUAA